AUUUUAUAAACUUUUAUGAAAGAAAGCGUCCCUUCUAACCCCCCGGCUACUUUUUCCUUACAUUUUUUUUUUCUUUGCCUUUCCCAUUUUUAAACUCCUUUCAAUCUUAACUACCCUUGAGGUCGCCACAAUUUUCUUCUUUUCCAUUUAAACAAUAGAAAUGCUCAAGCCAUUGAUCCGCUCAACUGUCCCUUUUAUCAAAGCUUCUGCUCGCAAAGUUGCUUCUAGACAAGUAAAUACAGCACUGUCUACACCUGUCAUUGCUCGUACUGCAACCACCGCUUCUGGCUUUGCUGCAUCAAAGCUUGUUUGGUCAAGAGCAUACACUACAGAUAUAUCUGAGCAUAAAACUGAGGAUCAAGAAGUCAUCACCAGCAAUGAAGAAGUUCAUGAAUUUAAGACUGAAACAAAGCGUUUAUUAGACAUUGUUUCCAACUCUUUGUAUUCCGAGAAAGAAAUUUUUGUUCGUGAGCUUAUCUCCAACGCCGCCGAUGCACUUGAAAAACUUCGUCAAACACAAACUGUGGAAGCCAAUGUAGAUAGUGGAAAACCUCUCGAGAUUAGAAUUACUUUGGACAGAGAGAAGAAUCAGUUUGUCAUUCAGGAUUUCGGUAUCGGUAUGACAUUGGAAGAAUUAAACGCCAAUUUGGGUACAAUCGCCAGCUCUGGAUCAAAAAAGUUUUUAGAAAAGAUGGAGAACGAAGGUAGCAGCGGCAAAAAAGAAAGCAUCAUUGGCCAAUUCGGUGUUGGUUUCUAUUCAACAUUUAUGGUAGGUAACAAGAUCAAGGUCUACACCAAAUCUGCCUUCCCUGAUUCUAAGGGUUAUUGUUGGACCACAGAUGGCCAAGGUUCGUACACUGUCGCUGAAGCUGACAAUGUCGCCGUUGGUACCAAGAUCGUUAUCGAACUUCGCGAUGAUGCCAAAUCCUACUCGUCAGAACUCGAAAUCGAUUCCAUCAUCAAGAAGUACUCCAACUUUGUUGGAUUCCCCAUUUAUUUAAACGGUAAAGAGGUCAAUGUCAUUGAUGCGUUAUGGACCAAGGAUGUCCAGUCUGUGACAUCGGAAGAACAUCAACAGUUUUAUCGUUUUAUCGCCAAUGCCUGGGACGAUCCCCAAUACACCUUGCAUUAUAAGACUGAUUCGCCUCUUUCAAUCUCUUCUGUUCUCUAUGUCCCCGAAAAGCACAUGGAAUUAUUAGGAGAGCAAACCAAACCUGGUGUUUCCUUGUAUUCCAGAAAGGUUUUGAUUCAACCAGAGUCUGCGGGUAUCUUGCCUCAUUACUUGCGUUUUAUUAAGGGCGUGGUUGAUUCUGAAGAUAUCCCUUUAAACGUCUCUCGUGAAUUAUUGCAAGACAAUAUCUUGUCUCGUCUUCGUAUGGUCAUGACUAAACGUGUGCUUAAAUGGCUCGAUAAUGAAGCCAAGAAGGAUCCCAAGAAAUACGAUGAGUUCUUUUUAGAUUAUGGACAAUUCAUUAAGGAAGGUGCUUGUACUGAUGCCAUGCAUAAGCGCGAUAUUAGUAAGCUCUUGAGAUUCGAAAGUUCAAAGUCUGAGAACCACAGCAUGAUUAGUUUAGAGGAUUAUGCCGCUCGUAGUCAAGAAGGUCAGAAACGUAUCUACUACCUGUUGACUCCCAAGCGAAAGUAUGCUGAAGAAAGUCCUUACACUGAAAUGUUUAAGAAGAAGGGUGUUGAGCUCUUAUACCUCUAUGAGACUGUGGACGAGUUCGUUGUCAACCAUUUGAAGGAGUUCCAAGGUUACGAUCUUAUUUCGGCUGAUUCGCCUGAAGCUGCCAAGGACCCGUUAUUGCAAAUGGAGCGUGACCAAAAUGACCUUUCUUUAUCAGAUACCGAUGCCCAAGAUCUUGCAAAGUGGAUUGAAACUAGUUUAGGUGAUGAAGUCGUAAAGGGUGUUGACGUCUCUCGCAGACUCAAUAGCUUCCCCGCUAUCGUACAAGAACAUGAAAGUCCUGCCAUGAGAAAGAUGAUGCAAAUGAUGCAAGGUUCCGCAAAGAUGGACGAAACCCCUCCUACACCUACUGUAUUAGAAAUUAACCCUGACCAUCCUGUCAUGAAGGGCUUGUUCAAUAUUCGUAACCAAAACCCCGACUUGGCAAAAUUGGUGACUGAACAAAUUUAUGAUAAUGCUUUAUGUGCUGCUGGUGUCUUGGACGAUCCCAGAUCCAUGAUCACUAGAUUAAACAAGCUUUUAGAAAUCACUGUAAACAAGUCUGUAGAACAAGACAAGAAAGUCAAGGCCUAAAAUUAGAUUUUUUUUUUCCCUCAAGUAUAUAUAAAAAAUAAAAAAAGACUGUAUAAAUG